UCUCUCUCCCUUGAUCGUUAUGAGUAGUGUGCUUCGUACCCUCUUCUUCUCCACCUUGUAUAUCAUCCCUUUUGUGACAACAAACCCACUGAUCAUCAUCUCCACCUUUGUUCCUUUUCCUCCUGCAAGUCACAGUGCUGUACAGCAAUAUUUACGAGGUUUCUGCCUCCUGAAUUAACCCAAAUAUAUUGACAUCACAAAUCUUAGCUGGCUCUGCUUAUCUUUCUCUCUACCCAACACACUCAACUCUGUGAUUUCCAAACCUUCAUUGAAACACACCAAGCCAGAGAGAGGCCACUGUCACACUAUGCAGCUAUAUAACUCUAUGCAUCUCCCCAAUGAGCCUCACCCAUGCCAAGCUCAAACCCCUCUAGAAUUUGGUCUCAAGGCCUUAAAUCUUGAACCCCAAAAAAACACUCCUCACAAAAACUGCUCCAUGAUGCUGUCUGAUCUUCUCUCUCCAACUUCUUCAUCUCUCUUGUCUGGAGACUAUAUUGGAAUGGAGAGCUCCGUGGAUGUGCAGAAAGACUGUGAGGAGGACCAGGUGGUGGCAAAUGAUGAUAAUGAGGAGGAGGAGGGUCAAAGUGGUAAUUUCAGGCAGAGGCUGAUGGGUAGGAGGGAGCAAAAAUGGGCAAUGAGGAACAAGGAGUUUCCUCCUCCUAUACCUUUGUUGGCUCGCACUGAGAACUUGCCUUCUCAUAUGCCUUGGGUGUUGAAAAGGCAUUAUACAAGUGAUGGGAGGUUGAUUUUGACUGAGGAGAAGGUUAGGCACCAUGAGUACUUCAGGGCUCAUAGGUCUAAUGGCAGGCUCACUUUGCAGCUUGUGCCUUUGGAUGAUGAAGUUUUGAUUGCCCCAGUUGCUUCUGAUGAGGGAAAUAAAGAUGGGAAUGGGAAUCAUAAUGAGUAUGAUGAUCAGGACCCACAAUGCGAUGAUCAUGGUGAUCAUGAUGAUGAAGAAUAUGAUGAGGGAAAUAAAGAUGGGAAUGAGAAUGAGUAUGAUGAUCAGGACCCACAAUGUGAUGAUCGUGGUGAUCAUGAUGAGGAUAUUGAUGGUGAUGAUGAUGAUGAUGAUGAUGAUGAUGAUCUUGUGAUUGAAGAUCAAUCAAUAAGUGGGAAUAUUGGGGGAUCAGCAGCAGGGAAGUGCUUCAAUUUCAACAGUGUGGGAACAGGAUCACCUUGCAUCUUUGGAGUGCCAGUGCCGGCCAUCAGGCAGGUUCACAGUUAAAAUUUGUUUGAUGGAGAAUGCUACACAAAAUAUAUGUCAAAUUCCAAUCCAUCACUUGAAAAUUUUAUUUUGUAGGUCAUGUGGCUCAUCUGUCCAUGCUUCUUCUUGUUCUUCUAUGUUAAUAGAUUUGUUAGUUGUGUCCCUUCAAAUUCCAUGUGGGUUAUUCAUGAGGAUUAAGAUGUCUUUUGUAGGUUUUGCAGCACUGUGCAGGAAACUUUAUUUUAUUUUUUCAUUUUUUCAAAUUGGUUUAUUAGCAAUUCUUGUCUG